CACUCCAUACCAAUUCUAUUCUAUAAAUAUCCCCCUCUCCGCAUAGAAGGAUAUUUCGCAGUGCCAGUGAUCUCAUUCGAAGCUAGCAAAGAUGGCUGAUGGUCACUUAUUCAACAAUAUCUCUCUUGGAGGCCGCGGAGGCUCUAAUGCAGGACAACUUAGGGUUCACUCGGGAGGUAUAUUGUGGAAAAAACAAGGGGGUGGGAAAGCUGUGGAAGUUGAUAAGGCUGAUAUUGUGGGCCUUACCUGGAUGAAGGUUCCACGGACUAACCAACUUGGGGUUAGAAUUAAGGAUGGUCUGUACUACAAAUUCUCUGGUUUCCGUGACCAGGAUGUUGCAAGUUUGACAAGUUUUUUCCAGAGCUCCUGUGGGUUAACACCUGAAGAGAAGCAGCUAUCUGUUAGUGGAAAAAACUGGGGCGAAGUUGAUUUAAAUGGGAACAUGCUGACUUUUCUGGUUGGUUCAAAGCAAGCAUUUGAGGUAUCCUUAGCAGAUGUCUCCCAAACACAACUUCAAGGGAAAAAUGAUGUCAUCUUGGAGUUUCACGUGGAUGACACAACUGGGGCUAACGAGAAAGAUUCAUUAAUGGAGAUAAGUUUUCACAUACCUAAUUCCAACACUCAAUUUGUUGGUGAUGAAAAUACUCCUUCUGCUCAGGUCUUCCGGGACAAAAUCGUAUCAAUGGCGGAUGUUGGUGCAGGAGGUGAAGAGGCUGUUGUUACAUUUGAGGGGAUUGCCAUACUUACACCAAGGGGCCGAUAUAAUGUCGAACUUCAUCUUUCAUUUAUGCGGCUCCAAGGGCAGGCUAAUGAUUUUAAGAUUCAGUACAGCAGUGCUGUUCGCCUUUUUUUACUGCCCAAGUCUAACCAGCCACAUACCUUUGUCGUUGUCACUCUUGAUCCACCAAUUCGUAAAGGACAAACUUUGUACCCACAUAUUGUGUUACAGUUUGAAACAGACUAUGUGUUGGAAAGCACUCUGUCAAUGAAUGAAGAUCUUCUGAAUACCAAGUAUAAAGACAAGUUACAACCAUCAUAUAAGGGACUCAUUCAUGAAGUGUUCACGUUGAUUUUGCGUGGCUUGUCUGGCGCCAAAGUCACUAGACCAGGAAAGUUCCGCAGCUGUCAAGACGGUUAUGCAGUGAAGUCAUCACUAAAAGCUGAAGAUGGAGUCUUGUAUCCACUUGAAAAGGGCUUUUUCUUCUUGCCCAAACCCCCUACCCUUAUCCUUCAUGAAGAGAUCGACUAUGUUGAGUUUGAGAGGCAUGCUGCUGGAGGCUCAAAUAUGCAUUACUUUGAUCUUCUCAUCAGACUGAAGACUGAACAAGAACAUCUCUUCCGCAAUAUCCAGAGGAACGAAUACCACAAUCUUUUUGACUUUAUCAGUGGGAAGGGUUUGAAAAUCAUGAAUUUAGGAGGUGUCCAAACCACAGAUGGUACAUUAAAAGUUUUGGAGAAUGAUGAUGAUGAUGCAGUCGACCCACAUCUUGAACGGAUUAAGAAUGAAGCAGGUGCAGACGAGAGUGAUGAGGAGGAUGAAGAUUUUGUGGCUGAGAAGGAUGACGAAGGUUCCCCUACUGAUGAUUCCGGGGAAGAAGAGUCUGAUGCUAGUGAAAGUGGAGAUGAGAAAGAGAAACCGUCCAAAAAGGAAGUCAAGAAAGACCUUCCUACUGCCAAGGCAUCUUCAAGUAGGAAGAAACCCAAAGAUGGUGAUGAAGAUGGUUCAAAGAAGAGGAAGCAGAAGAAGAAGAAGGAUCCCAAUGCUCCAAAGAGGGCAAUGUCUGGUUUCAUGUUUUUCUCUCAGUCUGAAAGGGAGAAUAUAAAGAAAAGUAACCCUGGAAUUCAGUUCACAGAUGUGGGGAGAGUUCUCGGAGAGAAAUGGAAAAAAUUGUCAGCUGAAGAGAAAAAGCCAUAUGAAGAAAGGGCUGAACAAGAUAAGAAACGCUACAAGGAUGAACUAAGUGGCUACAAGAACCCGCAACCGAUGCACAUAGAUUCAGAAAAUGAUUCUGAUAGUGCAUAGUUGUAGAAGUUAUUUUUUAGCCUUUCCCAAUCAAAAUGCUACCUGACAAUUUAUAGGAUGUUUUUAUGGUCUGCGUGUACUAGUUGUAUCCGUAUACUAUUAUUGGUAAUAAAAAUUAUUUAUGCUAAA